AAUUCAAAUGAGACAAUUGGGCAGAAAGAAGUGAUUAUGGAGAAUCCGUAUAAAAGGACUAAAAUGGUAUCCAGAUGGCAUCAGUUCACUCUCAGCUCUUACUUGAGAUUAGAAAUUGAAUCAUCAUACAUUUUCCAAAAAUGAAGUCCAUGAUUGCUGUCGUCGCCCUUUUCGCCUGUGUGGCACUUGUGUCCGCUGCUGCUGAGGAGAAGAAGGAAGAGCUUCAAACUGCGGAAGGAAACUUGUACGGUGGUCUCGGAUAUGGGGGUGGACUGGGAGGCUACUAUGGAGGUGCUGGACUUGGAAGAUAUGGUGGAUACGGUGGAUAUGGUCUUGGGGGAUUAGGAUAUAAAGGGGGUUUGGGUGGAUAUGGAGGUUAUGGUGGUUACGGUCUCGGCGGCGGAUAUGGCAUUGGAGGUCUUGGAGGACUUGGUUAUGGGGGGUACGGUCUGGGUGGGUACGGGGGUUAUGGUGUCGGCGGUCUUGGAGGUUAUGGAGCUUAUGGCGGAGGUCUUGGCUAUGGUGGUUACGGGGGACACCGAGGUGGUUUUUACGGGUAACAAUCUGUCAACCCCGACACGAGCGAUAACAUAUUUUUUUAUACCUGAUGAUGCCAUCAAUUCGAAACAAUCUCAAAAUUGUGCCCACUAUUAUUGUUUUUUUUUGUGAGACUGCAAUGCAACCCUUACUAAUAUUACAACAGUAUUUAAUUCUCAUAUUUAAGUCCCGUCCCUUAAAAAAACCCGUGAACAUUCUAUUCAAGUUUGUUUUACAAUAUAUGAAAAUAUACUCAGCUAGCCAACAUUGAUCAUGAUCCUAAAUUGUUCUACUAUAUAAUAAAACACAAAGUAUGUACUCAAGAAAAAAUUA